AUGAAGAGGCGCCGUCUUUGUCAGAAAAUUCGCUCUCCGGAUCAUCUUGAUAUUGGUGCUUGUUAUGAAAAUAUUGGCAUCUAUUAUAAACGCAUACAUGAUUACGAAAAAGCGCUUGAAAUUGGAAAAUCUAACUUGCCUCCUAACCAUCCCGUAUUUGCCGCAAUCUAUGACGCUAUGGCUAAAGUGUACUCUGAUACAGAAGAACACUCGAAAGCAAUUCUAUUCACUGAAAAAGCAUUAGAAAUCAAACGAAAAUGUCUCCUCGAAAAUCAUUCAUCAUUUACUACUUUAUACGAUCGACUCGGUACGAUAUAUCAGAGUACCAAACAGUAUUUAAAAGCACUUUCAGCUAAUCAGAUGGUUCGCAUUGGUUGA